AUGAAGUUACAAAUUUUAACACUGUUGACCUUUAUUUCCCUUGCCUUAGCUAAAAGAGUUUACGAUUACGAUCGUUUUAAAGCUGAAGGUGACAAAAUCAUCAACAUCAAUAAGAGAGAUCAAGGUAUUGAACAACAACCAAUAUUUUCCAUUCCAAAAAUUAUGGAUCCAAAGAAGAUUUAUAUUCCAGAAGGUGAAGGACCACAACAAGGUCCUACAUUACUCACUUCAAGUCUUUCAAUAUUGAAGGAUGUUUCUGUUUUUGCCUCAUAUGUUAGAGAUAAUGUCGAUAUCUCCACAAGAUUCAACAACAAACAUGAUCAAACUAUUGUCUUUGCACCAAAAGAUUCUGGUAUUGAAUCAUUGGGAUUGAAACCAUGGCAAUUUCCAAAUAGUAUUGAUGAAGACACCAAAUCAGAACAAGAAAUUGAUGAGUUAACACAAAAGAAUAUUAAUGAUUUUAUCAAAUCACACAUUGUUGAUGGUACAGUUCCGUUCAACGCUCUGGAUGAUAAUAAGAAAGGUGUUCAGUUUGUUACACAAAAUGGUAAAAACAUCAAGCUUGUAAAUGAUGAAGGUGAUUAUUAUUGUACUGCUGUUACAGAUGGUAAAGAUCAAGAAUGGAUCAAAGUUGAAAAAACCAUUGAUGCUGAUAAUGGUGUUAUCUUACUUAUUGGUACACCUUUGAGUAUUCCAUUAAAUAACUGA